AUGCAACCAGUAACAUCAGAAGAAUCAUCGGGUGUAUCAACUAGAGAAUCAUUUGAAAUUGAAGAUGAUUCUCUUCAAUCUGAUUCAAACCUAAACCCUUUAGGUGUAUCACUUUAUGGUUCUAAAACAAUAGAAUCUAUUGUUUAUAUACUAGGUUGGUAUUUUUUUUCAUUAUCAAUCUCCAUUUAUAAUAAAUGGAUGUUUGGAUCAGGAUUAGAUUUUAAAUUUCCUAUUAUUAUCACAUCAUUCCAUCAAUUAUGUCUAUGUAUAUUAAGUUGUGUGGUAUUAUAUUUAAAACCCAAUUUACGUCCACUUCAUACUACUAAUGUUUCAACACCUACUUCAACUAAUGGUAUAUCUGGUCAAACAAUUGGUAAAUUUUUACAAAGUUUAUUAAUGGAUUUCCCAAUAUAUAUUAGACAAAUAUUUCCUUGUUCAAUUGCUAGCGCUGGUGAUAUUGGAUUAAGUAAUGUAUCAAUUUCAUUAAUCACAUUAUCCUUAUAUACUAUGUUGAAAACUUCUUCAUUAAUGUUUGUUUUAUUGUUUGGACUUUUGUUUAAAUUGGAAAAAUUCAAUUGGAGAUUGAUUUUUAUUGUUGCCAUCAUGACAAUUUCCGUUAUAAUGAUGACUGAUAAACCAGAACUGGGCUCUUCUUCCUCUUCUUCUUCUUCGGUUGGGAUAUUUAUGGUAUUGAUGGCUUCUAUGUUGAGUGGAUUACGUUGGUCAUUUACUCAAAUUUUAUUGAAAAAAAAUCCUUAUACUCCAAAUUCAAUUAGUACAAUUUUUUAUAUCUCUCCUGGAAUGUGUAUAAUUUUAUUUUCUUUAGGUUUGAUAUUUGAAGGUUGGACAAAUUUUAUUAAUUUAGAAAUUUGGAUCACUAAAGGUUUAUUUACAACAAUAAUUUUAUUGAUUAUCCCGGGUGUUUUAGCAUUUAUGAUGACUUUAUGUGAAUUUAAAUUAUUAACCGUGGCUCAAGUAAUUACAUUAUCUGUGGCAGGAAUUUUUAAAGAAUUAUUAACAAUAAUUUUAAGUUCAAUUAUAUUUGGUGAUAAAUUAAGUUUAAUUAAUAUUUUAGGUUUAAUAUUAACAUUUAUGGAUAUAUUAUGGUAUAAUUAUUAUCGAUAUUAUGAAAAUGAAGAUCAUAAUAAUGGUAAUAGUAAAUCUGUUUUGAGAGAAGAUUUAGAAAGGUAA